CCUCCUAACGCCCUUCAUCUGAGAUCUGACCACAGUUAGCUGUUCCUCAGCUUCCUCUUCUCUUGGCACAGUACUCUGUUACACUCCCUCUAGCUAGCAGAGGAAAUAAAAAUGAGUUUGUCGCAUUUCUUGAAAGCGUCAAGAAGAGGCUUGACUUUGACAGCUAACCGCUUCUGUCCCUCUCUUGUCUCCUCUUCCUACUCAACCGCUCCGGUCAGUAAUGAUGAAGACAGUCUUAGCUUCAACGACAUGGUUUUGAAAUUCAGCGAAAAGGCUACUAAAAUUGUAGUCGAUAAGCUGCAACAACAAGACAAUAAAGUCCCAAUGUCCGACAGAAAGAACUUCAUUGAGGGAGUCCUUCAAUUGAUACUGCCUUGUAAUCAUGUACUUCACGUUAGCUUUCCUAUUCAUCGUGAAGAUGGGACAAUGGAGAUAAUUAAAGCAUGGAGGGCACAGCAUUCACAACACAGGACACCUUGCAAAGGAGGUAUAAGGUUCAGUGAUGAAGUUACAGAAGAUGAAGUAAAGGCAUUGGCUACCUUGAUGACAUUUAAAUGUGCAAUGGUCGAUGUUCCUUUUGGUGGAGCUAAAGGAGGAAUUAAAAUCAAUCCUCGGAAAUAUUCUGUUAAAGAGUUGGAGAGAAUCACAAGAAGAUUCACAAUGGAACUAGCAAAGAAAGGAUUUAUAGGGCCAGGACUUGACGUACCUGCACCAGACAUGGGAACAGGAGAGAGAGAAAUGAGUUGGAUUGCAGAUACUUAUGCAAUGACACAUGGUUAUGGUGAUAUUAAUGCCCAUGCUUGUGUGACUGGUAAACCAAUACCUCAAGGUGGCAUUCAUGGGAGGACAUCUGCCACUGGAAGAGGUGUGUUUCACAGCAUUAAAAGUUUCCUUGAUUCAGAGGAAUAUUGCUCAAAGAUUGGUCUAUCAACUGGCAUUGAGGGGAAAACAUUUAUCAUACAAGGCUUUGGUAAUGUUGGCUUGCAUUCAAUGCGCUACUUAACACGAUUUGGUGGUAAGUGUAUUGGAGUCAUGGAGUACAAUGGAUCAAUUUAUAAUGCUGACGGAAUUGACCCUAAGCAGCUGGAAGAUUAUAAAGAAAGUAACAAUGGCUCCAUUAUUGGUUACCCUGGUGCCGAACAAACUGAUGAGAAUUUAUUAACUGCUCAAUGUGACAUCUUAGUACCAGCUGCUGGAGAGCAACAAAUAACUGCUGCUGUUGCUAAAAAAAUGAAAGCUAAAGUAAUUGCUGAAGGUGCUAAUGGUCCAACUACAAUAGCAGCUGAAAAGAUACUUCAUGAAAAAAACAUCUUAGUGAUACCAGACAUGUUUUGUAAUGCUGGCGGUGUUACAGUAUCAUAUUUUGAAUGGCUUAAGAAUCUCAAUCAUGUCAGCUUUGGAAGAUUAACUUGGAAAUACGAGGAAGAGAGUAACACGCAUCUCCUACAAUCUGUUGAGAAAAGCUUGGAGCACAAAUUUGGUCAAAAGAUACCAAUCAAGCCAACACCAGAUUUCCAGGAUCACAUAGCAGGUGCAUCUGAAAAAGAUAUCGUUCAUUCUGGUCUGCAAUAUACAAUGGAGAGAUCAGCAAGACAAAUAAUGCGAGCUGUUCGUGAGUAUGAUCUUGGUCUUGAUUUGCGUACAGCUGCUUACGUCUGUGCACUAGAAAAGAUAUACACUGUUUAUAGAGAGGCCGGAAUCACCUUCUCGUGAUUAUGAAACAAUCAUUAAUAUUACUUAUUUAUUGCUAUUGCUAGGAUUAUUAAUGCUUUUUGCUUCAACUUAAUAGAACUAUAAUUAUUGUGUAUUUGAGUGUCUUAUUUAUUGUAGACUAGUAUUUCUUUCUUGGUGUAUUAUCAGCAAUAAUACUGUAUUUCAUUGACCUUAAACUAAAA